AUGGGAAUAGUCACCGACUAUCUCUUUCGUGUGCGAGCGUCGCCUCGACUCCUGGGUCUGCCACCCUAUCUGUCCGCAUUGUGUAUGAUAGCCGGUGUUAUAUGGUUAUUGCUUCUGCCUCUCCAGCAGUAUUCACGUCAAACGUAUAUCUCCGAGAACGCCUUGCUGCCCGGUCAAGUCCACACAUACUACAGUGGCUCGGAACAGAAUGUGUUCCGUGCAUACAAGCAUGAAGUCGCACGCAUGAUCGUCCAGCCAUGGACUACCUUGGAGAAUGGGACCAAGAUAUACCAUCCAUUGCCCGCCUCAGAUGACGACAGAAGGCGGAAGUUUCAAGAGUUGUUCCGCAAUGCUGGUCUGAAGACUGCCACACAGAAGUACGAAUACCGCUCGUCAGGAACCGUGUACGCAGGGGAGAACUAUUAUGGCGUCCUACAGGCGCCUCGAGGCGACGGCACAGAAGCAAUUGUUCUGAUGGCGCCCAUACGCAACAUUAACAACGAGCUGAAUUUGCAAGGGGUAACACUGCUGCUGUCACUGGCGAAAUAUUUCAAGAAAUGGUCGUUGUGGUCAAAGGACAUCAUCUUUUUGAUCACUCCGGAUGCUAAGGCCGGGCCACAAGCCUGGGUGGACGCUUAUUUCAGUAAACAUGAUCCCAGCAGUGUAGCGGAUCUGCCACUCAAGUCAGGCGCGUUACAGGGCGCUGUGGGUAUUGACUAUCCGUUCGAGCACCGCUUUGAAAGUUUCUCCUUCGCCUACGAUGGCGUCAACGGACAAUUGCCCAAUCUUGACCUCUUCAAUACUGCUGUCAGCAUCGCCAGCGGCCAGAUGGGCAUACCCGCACACAUUCAGGGUCAAGAGCACGGGGGUCCCAAGGAGAGGUACAACGACUGGGACCACAGGACUCGUGUACUUGGGAAGGGCAUGAUCAGCCAAGCGUUGGGACAAUCGACUGGUCCUCAUUCCGUCUUCAUGCCAUACCAUAUCGACGCCAUUACGCUGACGGCUGCUGGAGACGGCUGGCAGGAUGAAAUGGCGUUUGGUCGCACGGUCGAGAGCACUGUCCGGAGUCUGAACAACUUGCUAGAGAAACUGCACCAGAGCUUCUUCUUCUACCUGCUCAUGCAGAGCAACCGCUUCGUGUCUAUAGGCACAUAUCUGCCGAGUGCAAUGGGAGUCGCUGCCGCCUACACAGUCAUGGCCAUCUACUUGUGGGUCUUGAGUGGCUAUAAAAUUGUGAAAAGGACUGAAAGUGCCGCUAACGGCACUGUGACGGGUCUAGCGGACUCGAAAGGAAACUCGAAUGUUGUCUCGUCAACAGUACCGCAAGACAUACCGGAGCAGCCGCAAGCUACAGCAUCCAUCGGCGAUCGCAGCUUCAUCCCCAUAGAGCGAUCUCUCACGCUGCCAAUCUCUAUCAUCACCGCCGUCCACUUGGCGUCACUCGUCCCGCUGUUGAUCCUGAGCAAGGCCAGCCGAGAGAGCAUCACACCCAUGCUGAGCUUGAUUGGCUUCGGAUCGCUCCUAUUCCCUGCCGCACUGGCCGGCGUCCUCAAGGAUCUGCCAGUAUACAACACCACCGUCCCGGUCUUCAGCGCUCCGACACACAAACAAUAUGUCGUGCUCAAGAGCCUCAGUCUAUUGCUCCUUGGGCUGUUCCUGACAGUCCUUGCCACACUGAACUUCUCCCUGUCCAUGUUUCUGGGUCUGGCCUGCGCCCCGAUCGCUUUUGUGGAUCGAGUGCCCGGGAAGGCUGCUUUAGCGGCCUUACAAUACGCGCUCCUGCUGGUGACAUCGCCUGUCGUGGUCGCGAUGGGUCUCGUCGGCUACGCGAGUUCUGUUCUCCAGCACCCAGAUGGACUCAUGCUGAUCAGUCAGUGGUUGCUCAAAUUCGCUUUUGGCUGGAAUAUUUCAGGCAGCUGGGGUGUGCCUCUGGGAGUGUUUUGCAUAUGGUGGCCUGCCUGGACCAUAGCUGCGACGGUGGUAGCGAGCUCGUGGUUUCCUAGUGCGGAACGAGACAUUAAAUUGGCGGAGGUCGCAGAUGAGCAGAGUCAGUCGGAGGCAGCAAUCACAGACGAUAAACGCAGUCGGGUCUCGAAGUCUGCACAAUCAUAG